AUGGGAAACACAGCACAGUGCCGGUGCCACGAACAAGACGAGGAGCACGAUGUUGAUGGCGACAUCCUGGGUGAGGCCACUGCGCUUUCGCUGCACUAUAUCUAUGACCUGAACGAUGAGUGGCUGCAGUCCAACCAGAUCUCGGCGGACAUUCUCAACAUUGGAGGCACCGGCAUUUCUACUGGAGUUCGUGGUGCUUUUCUGCGACACCUCACGAGCGCCUUUCAUGCCGGAGUGGAAGUCCACGGGAAGGAGUGGUCGUUUGGUCAGGAUGGAAUCGACUGCCAGGAGCCUCGCACUCAUGACGUACAUGUCUACCGCAUGUCCAUCGCCAUGGGCCGGACAAGCCAGGCCGAAGCAGAGGUCGUUCGCUUCAUGGAUUUGGCAAUGAGAAGCCAAUGGCAUGGAUGUGACUACGACAUGCUUGAGCGCAACUGCUGCAGUUUUGCAGAGGUGGUGUGCAUGCACCUGGUUGGUAGAAAUCUGCCAGGCUGGGUGACGCGCUUUCCUCGUUUGGCCUGCACUGCUUCGCAGGGAGUAAACCACCUCAUCAACGUAGCGGAGCAGUUGGCGGCCGAGCAAGCCCACAAACUGCCAUGCAUCCCCGCAAGAAGUACGGAUGCACUUCCCAAUGCAGAGGAGCACCACCCUUCGGACCAAUUCUCGGAAGAAGAGGUGGAGUUCAACGAAGACAAUCUUCCGAAAGUCGUCGUAUCACAGCCGCCAAUAUGCCACGUCCACAGCGUGAUUUCUCGUGCCACCACCACCAUGGUGUCAGAAGCUUCUGAGCUUGCACUUCACACAGGCUUGCAUGGUCAAAAGAUGCAAGCUUCUGCUUCCAAGUUAGGACCAUCGCAACUAGUGCUGGAGUUGGUGGCCUUGCAAACUGACAGCGACUUCUACUCCGUGCACAGGCUGCGCGCUUUCUCUCACGCGAGCUGA